AUGUCUUCGCCAAAGAGCAAAAACAGCGAAAACGCGAAAAAAUCAGAUGAACUAAAGCAACUACCCCUCAAUUUUGAGCAGGAAUCUCAACUCGUCAUAAAAGCACUAGGAAUUCUACAACAGCGAAAACGAGAAGGCGUCGGAAAAAAUCACUAUGGCGACUUUCGAAAAAUCGCGAUCAAGGAGUUUUACCAAUUGGUCUUUCCAAACCUGUACGAGCACUUCGAAGCGACAUCCUGGGAUCAUUGCGCGACGAAAGCGGAAGACUUGACGAAGCUGAUCAAAAAUUUCUGCGAAAAAGGAUACAUCAAAGACAUCAUGAGAGUUUACAUGCCAAAAAGGAGAAAACUUCAGGCAAACAAAAAUGAGCAUGUUAAAACAAGAAGCAACCUUACUGUUCAAAAAAGGCAACAGCUAGCAGAAGAGCAUCUCAAAAUGAUAAAUUCGAGGAAGAAAAGACUAAAACCAGUCCCUGUUGCUGAAAUCAACGAAGAGCCAAUCGACCUGACAGUCCCUAAAAAUGCCAAAGAAGCAGAACAAAAAACGAACAACGAACAAGAACUGGCGAAAAAAGAUGCUGGUAUUCAAUGGGAAGAUAAUCCAGUUGGAAAGAUUUUGAUUUUCACGCCCAAAAAGUCGAAAAUCAUCGCAAUUCAGCAGAAAAAACUGCAAAACGAUGAAUCAGCUCCGAAAGCUCCAAGAAAUUCGGAUCUUUGGCAGCCCUGGUUAAACCCGAUUCCCAAGAAAAAAAAUCCUGCUUCUCUGAAAAGAAAACUGCCAUUGUUGGAGUUUAUCGGCAACGAAACUUGUCCUCCUCAAGAUUGUCUGUUUGAAAACCCGGAAAAACCUGGCCAGUUUGAAGAUUUCGGCCCAGUUGCAUGUGGUGAAAAACCUGUUGGACUUCAAGAAUCUGAGACUGCUUUUCUAAAAGACGAUAAUGAAGAAACUGUCGAGGUGAAAAUCGAGAAGUGCGAGAGCCUGGGAAAAAUCGUCUUUCAAAACGACCACCCAGAACACUGUUCUGUUCAUACUCUUGAUGGUGAAAAUGAAGUUGAAAUCAAGGAAGAGUACAUUGAAGAGUGA